AGGAGGACGAGUGUAGAUUGAACCCGCGGUGCUCAGGAUGCCUCGCCCGUUCAAGCCGCCUUUCUAAGCAGCAGCAGCAGCAGCAACAACAACAAGAAACGCAAACGAAAACCAAUCAAAAAUACCAAAAACAAUUGGUGAAAAAACGGUUGUGGGGUUGUUAAUGUUAACACGAACGAAGAGAAAAAGUAAUCGAGCCGAAUCGAUCGCGGCUGCAAAUCAAUUAUAAUCCCAAACUCGCGCGGUCCAUCCCUCGAUCCCAUCGUCUCCCAGUUCGCAUCGUAAACUCAUCGGUCACGUGUGACAACCGCUGUAAUUAGUCGUGGAAGCUGUAUUUCUAUUUUUUCUCCCUUUUUUUUUUUCUUUUCGAGUUAUUUGUGGCAGGCAAGGGGCAUUCGUUCGAUCGUCCGCUGUCAUUAAACCGAGGCUCGCAUAACGCAAUCAAUUUUCCGUCCGUUCGUUAACGAGACAAUGAUCCGGAGGUGCGAUUGAAAAGUGCUUUUUAAGUGCAUCGUUAUCUCGGAGUGAUUACUUAAUUUUCGCGUCGUCCACCCUCGUCCAAGGACAAUAAUCGAAAUAAUAAUAAGUCGUUCCUCCAGCAUGUCUGGAAUAAAACAAUAACAACUUGAAACUCGAAAUGUAAUGAAAGAAUAGUAAUGAUCGCAACAAGAGCUUCGAUGCGUGCGAGCUCGAACCAAGAAUUUUUGAUAAACGGUCGGUAUGCGUGGAUGCACCGACCGGGCAGCUGGUUGUGGCCGUACCUGGCGAGUUGUGUGGCCCUUGGCGCGGUAUAUAAGGGCAAAUCGAUAAGCCGCCCCGACGACGAGAGGUCGUAAAGGGGGUCGGGUGCGGUCGACGAUUCAUCGUAACAAAGCACACGCGGUUUUACUCUCCUCCCAAUACUCAGCCACCGAAUUCUCUCCCAAACACGUGUUUACCUUUUUCUUGCCUAUUUACGAAAUUCUUUUCGCCGAAUACUCCAUCCCUUCUGGCCUUGUGUUCGCCAUUCUUGCGUUUGCUCAACAUGGCGGGAACACCGAUGAACAUCAGCCGACCACUGGAAAAACCACGCUCCUAUCGUGGCCCCAUUAACUCCGAAAUUUCUAUGGAUCCAAGAAAUCUCGAUCCCGCGUACGGACCUGCCAAACCAACCCCCGAUCAUCGACGCAACGUCUACAACGUCCAGACCACCGCAAAUUAUCCUCAGGUGGACGUUUCGACCCAAGUUGAUCUUCACGUGACGAGUACGAUACAUUCGAACUGGGAAAGGCUUGCAACGCCGCUUUAUUCGAGAGAAGAUAUAAAGGAACAAUAUUGCAUAACGAGUCGUCAAUUGGACGCGGUGGAGCGUUCGUCCAGCGGUAUUUUCGGCUGUUUAUCAACGAGAGGACCAUCGCCGUGCGCGGUUACGAGCAAAGUUUCUAUUUUGUCAGCGUGCGUAAGAAGCGCCUCGAGCGACGAGAAUAUUUGUGACGCUCCUUAUCCUCGUAAGCCGCUGCAAAUAUUGUACCAGCAACCCUAUUCCACUUAUUCGGGGAGAACGAUCACGACCUCGCGUUACGAUCAUACGAACAACGAUGCCCUCGAUAAAAACGACGACGAUGACGACGACGACUGGGUCGAGAGUUCCUACUUCCGCCGAAGACCUACCUCAUUUUGCACAGCAUCCGAUCCAAAGAGAUACAGUUGGUUACCAGAGGACGAGGAAUCCAGCAAGAUGGAAGGACCAAGGCCGGUAUUACCGUCGGCCGUAAAUUGCCAUCAAAGUCCUGGAAUAAACAAAGGACCGAAGCACGUGAGCUUCGCCAGAUCCCAUACACUGACUUCCUUCGAAAUCCCUUUAAGCAAGAGUCCACCGAGAGCUACGAAUCACAAUCAGGAGCGUCUGAUCGAUUCGCAACCAACGGUGCAGGGCUCGUUGCCCAGUACAUUUCCGAGCGGUGGCAUUCAUCCCUAUCCUGUCCCCGCACCACCGGAGCCUCGUGUUCUUGUUCUUGAAAAAGCACCGAAGCGCGGCGGGAUGAAGACGCAAGCGACGCAAACCGAGGUCCCAGUUAACUUUCGUCGAGCCGCUCCGGUUACGCUGAGUCCUCGAACGAUUCACCGAGUCAAGAUGGUCAGCCAAGGAGCACAAACGAAUGGUUUUUUGAACGGUCGAAAAUUGACGAAGAGCUAUUCGGAAGCUGGACAAUUGGGUACGCCGCUCGGGGGUGGAAGCGGCACAAUGAUAUCGUCGUCGGGCGGUGCCGCGUCGGCGGACGAGGGUGGGACCGAACACGAGCCCUUGCAACGCACACAAAGCGAGGAACCACCGAGGUCACCCUUCCUCGUCGAGACACCACCCGAAGAGUCGCCAAAAGCUAUUCCCCAUUAUGUCAACAUCGGUAACAAGAGAAGCGUCAACGGUGAAGCGGGGCCAAGGCCGUCGUCGGUUUCCGGAGUGCGCUCGAGCGAGACGCCAAAAAAAUCGAGAGAAAUCGAGCCGCCGGAGGACCAAGAAAUUCUUAUCGAUUUCAAACCAGCUCCCAUUUCACCCGAUGCGAGAAGAGCUAUUUUAGCGACCCUCGACAACGAACCCAAACUCCGUCGACCAAUUAAUCAACUUCACAAAACUCUCUCCGACGGGGAGAUCCGUGUGGAACGCCGAGAACUCGUUUGCGAGACCGGGGAGCCGAGUUAUCCGCACAGUUGCAAAAGAAAUUAUCAAGAUCCGUGCUGGAACAGUGGGGCUACCGUUCGACCGCCCGCCCUGUUCUCAUCGACGCCUGCGAAUUUAUCGCUCCUGGCACGGGUAUCACCACCUCAUCCGGAUGUUCAAGCACGCCCCGAGCGGCGCCAGCGACGCCAUCACGAAGAGGAAUUCCACGAGAACAUAAUACGCCGAGGAUUGUUCAGAAAGCGAAGCAUAUCGUUGGAGGACGGAGUUCAAGAUUUCCAGAGCAACGACUUUAUUCUACCUCGAUCAUUGCCAACCUCGCCAACUUCCCCCACCGCCUCCCCAGGCCAGCCGAGCAUCGUACACUCCUCACCGAAGUACGAAAGAAUAAGGCCCAGCUUCCUCCGCACCAGUGCAAUAGUAGUUGCCGCACCGUCGUCGCCAUUCGCCUCGAGUGACUCCCUGACGAAUGACGCGACCAAGGACCACAGUGACGGCAUUUGGAACGAGUCUCAGGCGACGGUACUGCAAGUCGAUUCCCUGGGACUUCUCACGCCCUCCUCGAGGAGGAGACAUCUUCUCUUGCUCCAGCAUCAACAACGUUCAUCGAUGGACACAGAGGCUCUGGACGCUGAAGAAGAUGACGAUAUGGAUUCCGUUCCGCCUGCCAGUCCGAGAAUUCGACUGGAACCAGCCAGCCCUGUUAUUCGCGCACCCACCGGCAUCGACGGGUCAAUGCUCACGAGUCACGUUACGAAUGGAACUCCGAGAGGACGCAGCGGUCUCCGACGACCCAGCCCAUCCUUCGCGCCUCAACCGCUCUCGCAAUCCUCGAGCGACCUGGGUCUCAACCUAGCCCGCGCCGAUUCCGGUGGAAGAACGAAUACGGACCUUUCGGAGGCCUCGACCACCGAGGAUUAUGUCACUGCCAAUACCUCAACCGGAACCGGAACGACCACUGGCGCUUCUGCUGGAACCAGCUCGUGGUCCAGACUCGGUUAUCUGCCGUCGAACGCUGCAACAUCGGGACCCGCCUCAACCACUGCCACAGCAGCCGAUGGCAGCUCUUUCGAGAGCGCCAGCUCCAUUUACAGCCUGGCUAGAAGCGAGGCUGUUAUCGAGGAGCCCAGUAGUCCACCCCCGAUCAUCGAAGAAUUUCCUCCCAUCUGUGACGUCGAGAUGUCCCUCGAACACGAGGAACCGGCACCAUCACCGGCGAGAUCCAGGAGCAGCAGUAGUUCCGGGAGCUACGAUCUUGAAGACGCGAUGCCUGAAGCUGUCCCGGGCCAAAACGAAGCUUACCAAGCCCCGGCGACUCUGAGUCGUCACGGCUCCGACUUGGAGCUAGAUCACGACGACGGCCAUCAUUCAUCCUCGGGCGGCUACGCCGAAUCACCACCCGACCCUCAAUCCUGGACGGAGGAGGAACGACGGCGAAGAAAAAAAACUUUCAUCCUGGAUUUUUCGAGCGGCCAAGACAUGGAAGAGAAGGACAACGAGCCCCGUAGCAUCGGCCAACAACCGACGGUCCAAGUUGGACUUCCGGAAUGCGUGGACGUAAGUCCGACUCCCAGUCACCGACAUCGCCCUGCCAGGGGAAAACUCAAUGCUGCACGGAGCCCCCAUCGCAACAACAAAAUGCGACGUGACACGACGCAAGUUCAAAUAACCGGGAGAAGCCCGGGCUCGGGUGGACAGAAGGACGACUGGAUCAGCAGCGCCGUUGACGAUGCCGUUCAAGUUCCCACUUCGGAUGAUUCCAGCUGCAGUCAUCAUUACCACAUGCAUCAUCACCAUCAUCACGUUCACGGCCAGCAGCAGGAGAGUGGUCGUCAUCGGAGGACGCGUGAGAGUCCCAGACGCAAAACCGGUGGCGGUGGUUACGCAACGACCGGAAGACGUCGAAGCAAUGAGGACAAGAAUGCAGCGAUAACGGGAAGCCUUCCACGUCGAAGGUCUCGUGCUCCAAUCGACGACUGUUCCUCGAGCCGUUUGAGUCCGGGUGGCCGUUAUCAGCGAAGUCCGGGUCACAAUGGCCAUUCCGCAGCAUCGAUAAUCAUCAAGUCCCCAAGCCCAGAGGCCAGGUUGAAAGCACUCUCGGCCGAAUCAUUGAGAUCGGUCAGUCCGGGGAGCGACAGCGUUUUCUACAGCGAAACUGCUGACGUUUCUGGAGCCGCAUUGACGACCCUGAUCGAUGCACCGCACUGUCAAAACUGCGGUAGAGAAGUAUCCGAAGAAAUUGUUCAGCCGCCAGCAGGUUUCGCCGAUUCGCCGGAAGGUCCGCGACCAGUUUCCAGUGCCUCGACCAACAAACACGUCAGCCAUCGUCUUUACAAGAAGUUCGACAAACGCUACAGAUCCGAGGAGCGAGGUGAGAAACGGUAUCACAGCAGGAGCAACGGAGCGGGCGGACGGGCGGACAUCCGUGCCAAGUCCGAGGAGCGUGCUGGACGAUCCAGCAGCCGAGGAUCCAUCGACGACUGUUCCAGACGGAGAUUUCAUGCCAGGAGUACCGAAGCCAGUAUGGAGGUUCUCACAGGACGCGAAGACGAAGACACUUACAUGGAGCCUUAUACCGGUUGCGAGUGGAUCUACAUAAGUGAACUGGAGGAGAGCCACGUAUGGCGUCGUCCUGACAGCCGGGACGGUGAUGACGAAUCAUCCGACGCUGCGGUCAAAGAUCAGAGCAGACGAGGCUCGCAAGGCUCGACCGAGAGUGAAAAAUGCUUCAGGAAAAAGUAUCAGGCUGCUACUCACAGAAUGGUCCAUCGUAAGAGCAGCGGUGAAAUGUACAAGAGGAUCCAAACGAAGAGCUUCGAGAGCGACAAACGCGUCGUUGUAAGACGAGAACCCGGAGGUGAAUUCGGCUUUCGAAUUCACGGCUCGAAGCCCGUCGUCGUAUCGUCCAUCGAGCCCGACACACCUGCCGAGAGUUCCGGUCUAGAAGUCGGCGACAUAAUUAUGUCGGUUAAUGGUAGAAGCGUGAUGGAUGCGACGCACUCCGAAGUCGUGAGGUUGGCACACUCCGGGCCUGAUAUUCUCGAGCUCGAAGUUGCACGUACGUGCAACGUUCUCGCUCCGAAAGUUUCCGUCAACAAUAACGGGGGCGGCGGUGGCGGCGGCGGCGGCGUUGGAAUUAGCGGCGUCAACGGCGGCGUAAAAAGUGGCGCCAAGGAGAGCGCUAUUUGCUCCGGUUAUCUGUGGCGGAAGGCGACCAGCGCGGCUUCCGUUACCCCGGAAAAAUGGGUUCGACGAUGGUUCGCUCUACGACGUGACAAUUGCCUUUAUUACUACAAGACUGACACGGAUUCACAGCCGGUAGGAGCAGUUAUGCUGCUCAAGUACGAAGUGGAGCAAACACCGGGAGCGAGCAGACCUUACAGCUUCGUCAUUAAGAAACAGGGAGCCCCGAGUCACGAACUGGCUGCCGACAAUGAGGAAUCGGCCGCGAGAUGGAGUACAGUUAUUCGCGAAGCUGUUGAAAGAAACAAUCAGGCCGACACGUGGCUCGACGCCUCGUUGAGAAUGCAGGAGGUUGCUGCGUGCGCGAUCCAACGACCCGACUGUUUCGGUUAUUUGUCCAAACAACAGAAACGAGCGCGCAAAACUUCAUCGCCCACCGGUUGGUCGAGACGAUAUUGCGUUCUGAAAGACGCUGCGCUCUAUUUUUACGACGAUGCCAACGCUGAAAAAGCCUUUGGCGUUGCUUGCCUCCACGGCUUCAGGGUUCACGGCAGCGCUCCCAAUUCAGGCGGUCGAAAACACGCUUUCGAAUUGCAGCCACCCGACCCCACUCAGAGGAGCUACACGUUCGCCACCGAAACGGAAAUGGACAAGAAAAGAUGGCUCGCAGCGCUCGAAUACUCGAUCGAUCGAUGGAUAAAAGUUGGUUGACGCACCCAAUCAGCCUAGAAACGAAGAUUUUAACGAAGCAGCGACGACCCAUCGAUUUUAGUACUGUAAAGAAGCUAAAAGCUCGAAAGAGAAAGAAAUCCCAUAAGAUAAUCAUGUGUGUCGCCAAAAUAUUUGCAGGUUUAUAUAACGAGCCAACCGGAUAGACGGAGCCCGAAAAGGAGAAGAAAAACCAAACAAUUGAUAGAAAGCCCGCCGUCCCGAGUCCUCUCGAUAUUAUUUAUUACUGCACCCAUUUUUACAAGAAAAACAAAUCAAACGAACGAACGAUUAUUCUUUAUUGAUUUUCUGUUUUCCGCUCCCAUCGACACGAUAGCCGCCUCCUCCUCCUCCUCCCAUGUUCCCCAGUCUCAAGAAAAUUUGAAAAAAUAUUUGAAAGCAUUUUAAGCAAGCAGAAUCAGACUAAUGGAGACAAGCGAAAAAACAUAAAGUUAGAUAAACGUAUACAUUAUAUAAAUAUACACAUGAAAAUAUACACGGAUUGAGAAUUCAGCAUCGAGGCAUGAAAAUCAUUGAGCGAACAAGUACGAACGUUUUUAUCAAGUUUUUAUCUUAGAUUAGUAGGAGAGAGGGCGCUAUUCGUUUUCACAAAUAUUCAAAAUCGAUCCUUUUCUCCAUUUUUAUCACUCAAUCAAAACGAGUCAUUUGUUCGAGAGAUUAAACAAACAGAGCAGAGUUAUAUCAACGAGAUGCCAAAAUAUAAACCAUUCGAUUCCAAAUCGUUUCUGUAUAUUACACGUAUUUGUGUAUGUAUAUAACACACACAUUACAGCAUAUAACAUUGUAUAGAGGAUCCGUUUAAUCGGAUUAUAAAUAUUUUGGUCGAUUGCCAAAGAGGAGAGACUGCACGCGGAUAAAAAUGUAUCAACGAACGGUUGAGAUAUAUAUUGUUUCGAGCAAUAGUUGUUUGUUAUUCAUUGAUAGUUUUUAUUGCGAUUAAAUAAACGUCUGAAUCCGAGACAAACGACGAUCAAGAUAUUCAUAUAUUUAUAUUACGUGCAUACGAAGGUAGAUAUGCGUAUGCACAUAUUUUAGUGUCGAGGCUGUCCCGAGGAUCCAAGUCCAAACGAGAGCGCCUCGAAAAAUCGCGAAACCGCGAGGAAAAGUUUUCAAAUUUUUUCCAAGAUUCGUUUUUUCGAGAAAAAUCAUCGAUUCGACGAAGCUUUCGUUGAAUCAGCAAAAUUUCUUAUUUCGCAACGUGGGGACCCGACUUUGGGGACAGUCGCUCUGUGUGCGUGUGUGCGCAUAUUUACGCUAUGCAUGUUAAUUAUGUUAUACAAUAUAUACAUUGCAAUUGAGAAAGAAACAAGUAAAAUAUAGGAAAUAUAUUGAAAGAAAUAGGACUCGGGGAAGCGAAUACGUCGAAAAAGGGGAUGAAGCGAGUCGAGCGUUUCGUUCGUAUAUGAAAUUUUAUUGAAUCGUUGUUGCUCGUUACGACCCGGAUAAACGAGAUUAAACAAACACAAUAAUGAUAGUUACAAAAAGUACUCGAACACGCGUACGUCGCACCCCUCGUAAGUACACUUUUUUCGUAAGUAAACGAACGAAUGGAGUCACAAGAACAACAACAACAACAACAAGAACCCGAUCAACGUGAAUAUUUGUACCGUAUACAUCGUCUGCAUGCUCGUAUUUAAUGACAAAAACAAGAAAAACCAAAAAAAAAACAAAAACAAAAAAUACAUUUUUAAAAAUUGACAAAUAAACGAAAAAAGUUAAUGCUGAAGCAGCUCUAAACAAAAACAAACUUAUCGAUAAAUAGUUUGAAUAUUCGUGAACGAUUGCGAGUGUGUCCGUUGAGUAACCGAUUAUUCGCACGAUUACAAACAGUUUCGGGCUUACCGCUUGUUUCUUUGUCUUAUUUUGCUUUGAUACUUUGCGCGUGCAUGUGGAUUUCAAUAAUUUCGAAAGAGCAACCCCCAAAGCUCCCCGAUCAUCGUGAAAACUUAAAUAAAAAUGUCUUUUUCGUAAUAUUAUUCAUCCGAAAUUUGAUAUUAUCCGUGCUGGGAAAACUUGAACAUUCGCUUUACUUUGAUUAACUGCUAACACCGUUUCCAGCUGCUGGAAUUAAGUCAAACUAUUUUUCGACCCAUUUGUAAAUUUGCUCAUGUCAAAAACAAGUAACGCGUUUUAAUUGGCUCGAAUCGAUUCUCGAAGGUCGAUGUUCGAAAGAAGGUAACCGUACAAAGUGUGUUCCGGCCACGCGAGCCAGCCCCAAGGAUAUUGAUAAUACGAGGAAACAUUGAGGGGCGAAGGGACAUAUGAUACAUAAAAUGGUAAAAGGAUGGAGUGUGCGUUGUCGAGAGCUUGAGUGUGUGCGUGCGAGAUAUUAAAAUGGUGAAGAAAGAAAGAAAAGGGAGAAUAAAUGAAAUGAAAUAAAGAAAAUUAAGAAAACCCGCUCAAAAAUCAGAGAUAAUAAUAAAGAAUUUAAUACCAGUUAUAAAACGGCGACUGCCAUUCACUGUCUACUAAAUUAUCCUAUAGAUAUUGUCGUCGUUUCGUCGUCAUCGUCGUCGUCGUCGUCGUCGUCCCAUCAUCGUCUCGUCACAUUAUUACUAACGAUUUUAUAAACCAACAACCAACUAGUGCAAUCAAAUUCCAUUCACAAUAACAGAUAAUGCAAAACACAAAAAAUACGAGAAUUUUCCAUACUAUUUUGAAGAAGCGAGGGGAGAAAAACGAUCAACAACAACAACAACAACCAUGCAUGUGCUUCGUCAGUGUAAAGUUGUAUCGAAUAAAUCGUAAUUUAACAAUCGUAA